ACUCGCUCGCGCCCGGGCUCCUUCCCCGGGUGGGCGCUCCGCGCGCGAUCUCGGUUCCACCGGGUGUGCGGGCCCCGUGCGCGCCCCCGGGAGCCGACGGUCUGGCUGGUGUCCACACGCCGCCUGAGCCCUUCCUGGCUACGCCCGCAGGCUGGUCCUCAUCGCCGCCGCCUGCUUCCAAGAGAAGGUUUCGGUUAAUUUUCCGAGCCAAGGAAAGGACAGACGACGAGGAGGGCAAAAAAAAAAAAAAAAAAAAAAAGGAGGGAGGCGGCAGAUGGCAAACGUAGAAUACACGUCCAUCUCGUCCUCGGAGUGAAAACGAGGGAGGGGACACGCAGAGGAGGGCGGCGAAGAGGGAGCUGCCCAUUAAAACCGGCUCGGAGAGUCCUGGCGGCGGCGGCGGCGGCGGCGCGGGACGCGUCACAUCCCCUUGACCCUCCAAUCACCUCGGGCUCCCAUUUGAUUGGAAGGCGGCAAAGGCUUUAAUCUCCCCCUCGGUGCAGCUGCUUUUGAAGUGAGUUUCCUCGCCAGAGCCCCGGCUGGACAGGCAGCGGCUCACAUCGCUGAGCGCAGCGCCGGCGCAGGGGCGCAGCCCGAGGCGGACCCGCAGCCCAGCCGGCUCCGCGGCGGGCCGCCCGGGACCCGUGGCUCGUGGCGCCCGGCGCGCCGGCUCCUCCUGCGGCUGCGGUUCCUGAUCCCCGGGCGAGCGCGCAGCCCCGGGCCCUCCCCCCGCUGCUCCCAUGCGCGCGGGUGGGUCAUGAGCACAGCGCCCUCGCUUUCUGCCCUAAGAAGCAGUAAGCCCAGCGGCGGCGGCGGCGGCGGAGGCGGAGGCGGAGGCGCAGACCCUGCCUGGACCAGCGCGCUCUCUGGAAAUAGCUCCGGCCCCGGCCCAGGCUCGUCCCCGGCCGGCCCCACCAAGCCUUUUGUGCACGCCGUGCCCCCUUCCGACCCCCUGCGCCAGGCUAACCGCCUGCCCAUCAAGGUGCUGAAGAUGCUGACGGCAAGGACUGGCCACAUUUUGCACCCUGAGUACCUGCAGCCCCUGCCCUCCACGCCCGUCAGCCCCAUCGAGCUGGAUGCCAAGAAGAGCCCGCUGGCGCUGCUGGCGCAAACCUGCUCGCAGAUUGGGAAGCCCGACCCCUCGCCCUCGUCCAAACUCUCCUCGGUCGCCUCCAACGGGGGCGGCGCGGGCGGUGCUGGCGGUGGCGCCGGCGGCGACAAGGACGCCAAGUCGGGCCCCCUCAAGCUGAGUGACAUCGGCGUGGAAGACAAGUCGAGUUUCAAACCGUACUCCAAACCCGGCUCGGAUAAGAAGGAGCCCGGCGGCGGCGGCGGCGGCGGGGGUGGUGGUGGCGGUGGCGGCGGCGGCGGCGGCGGCGGGGGCACUUCGGCGGAGAAGUCGGGAUUCCGGGUCCCGAGCGCCACCUGCCAGCCGUUCACGCCCAGGACAGGCAGCCCGAGCUCCAGCGCCUCGGCCUGCUCGCCGGGAGGCUUGUUGCCCUCGGCCGGAGGCGGUCCGGACGGCAAAGACGACAAGAAAGACCCGGACGCGAGCGGCGGCGGCAAGGGCGCUGGGGGCGCAGCGGCCGAAGGGGGACCCGCGGGGCUGGCGCACGGCCGGAUUAGCUGCGGCGGCGGGGUUAACGUGGACGUGAACCAGCACGCAGACGGCGGUCCCGGGGCCAAGGCCCUGGGCGCGGACUGCAGCGGCUCGUCGGGCUCCGGCUCCGGCUCCGGCCCCGGUGCGCCCGCCUCCUCCUCGGUGCUGGGCUCUGGGCUGGUGGCGCCAGUGUCGCCCUACAAGCCGGGCCAGACAGUGUUUCCUCUGCCUCCUGCUGGCAUGACCUACCCGGGCAGCCUGGCCGGGGCCUAUGCUGGCUACCCGCCUCAGUUCCUGCCGCACGGCGUGGCGCUCGACCCCACCAAGCCCGGCAGCCUGGUGGGCGCACAGCUGGCGGCGGCCGCGGCCGGCUCCCUGGGCUGCAGCAAGCCGGCUGGCUCAAGCCCGUUGGCUGGAGCGUCACCGCCGUCCGUGAUGACAGCCAGCUUGUGCCGGGACCCGUACUGCCUCAGCUACCACUGCGCCAGCCACCUGGCCGGGGCGGCAGCCGCCAGCGCCUCGUGCGCACACGACCCUGCGGCGGCGGCCGCAGCGCUCAAGUCCGGAUACCCGCUGGUGUACCCCACGCAUCCGCUGCACGGCGUGCACUCCUCGCUAACGGCCGCCGCUGCCGCAGGCGCCACACCGCCCUCCCUGGCCGGCCACCCCCUCUACCCCUAUGGCUUCAUGCUGCCCAACGACCCGCUCCCGCACAUCUGCAACUGGGUGUCGGCCAACGGGCCGUGCGACAAGCGCUUCGCCACAUCGGAAGAGCUGCUGAGCCACUUGCGGACCCACACGGCCUUCCCCGGGACAGACAAACUGUUGUCGGGCUACCCCAGCUCGUCGUCCCUGGCCAGCGCCGCCGCGGCCGCCAUGGCUUGCCACAUGCACAUCCCCACGUCCGGCGCUCCGGGCAGCCCCGGGACGCUGGCGCUCCGCAGCCCCCACCACGCGCUGGGACUCAGCAGCCGCUACCACCCCUACUCCAAGAGCCCGCUCCCCACGCCCGGCGCGCCGGUGCCGGUGCCCGCCGCCACCGGACCCUACUACUCCCCCUACGCACUCUACGGACAGAGACUGACCACAGCCUCGGCGCUGGGGUACCAGUGAGGGCGGCCGGGAAGGCAGGCGAGCGAGCGAGUGAGCGAGUGAGCGAGGGCACGCAGCCGGGGGAGGGGCGCGAAGGCGGCCGAGGCUGCCGAACUCCCCACGCGAGCGUGUGUGUGUGCACGCGCGAGGGAACGCCCAGGGCCCUGAGAGGCAACCCCGUGUACCGCAUCCACCCACCCCACCCCGGCGACCGAGACCCGGUGGGGAACUCCUCUUCCCCCGCCUCCCACCUCCCCACUCAAACUUUAUAAAAGUUGGGAAAAAAAAAAGAAAAAAAAAUCAUUUGACUUUUUAUAGAAAAGGAAGGAAAAAGUAAUUGAGAAAGUGUUCAUCUGAGGACUUCAACCGGUGGACACUGGUAUUUAUUUAUGUUAGCUCCAAGCGGACCCGUGGUUCAAAAGUGCAUUAUUUAGUUUGAACUCCGUAGGUAAAAAAGGAAAAGAAAAAAAAAGGAGGAGGAGGGGACGAAAUUAAAACUCGAGGGUGCAAAUGUGGAAGAGAAACCCUCCCAUCCCUUGUAGAUUAUAAAUAAAAACAAAACCGCCAGAGCUAGAGGUCUUCUCUUAAAUGUUACUUUAAAAUUGCUAUGAUUGUAUCGUACGUUCUUAUUUAAUGUCUGAUUGAAACACAAAUUUACAUGCAUGUUUGUUACAAAAAAUGAAAAAAAAAACUAAACAA